GAUACGUGAUGCAAUUUAGAUACGAAAAGCCCAUUCUGUUAUUUUGGCCAAUUGAAAAAAAAUAAAACGUGAGUUAAGCCACGCCCACCGGAAAUACGUCUUACCCCGGGGAAGUUUUGUUGUGCUGUGGGGUCCAUGUGCUGUUUGCAUAUCCAAGAAACAAUGGUGACAAUAACAGAGAAGCUUCUACUGGAGAAAGGCUCGCCAAAAACAAAGAGACUCACGGCGAUCAAGACACUCAAUCUCUCCAAGCUCGGACUGACAUGUCCAGACUUGCCGGUCAAGCUGCUGUCCCGUCUUCGGUCCUUGGAGCGCUGGGAUCUUUCUGGGAACAGAUUACAAAAGUUCCCCAAAGGCUUAGAGCUACCCAAGCUGCGCUUCUUGGACCUCAGCGACAAUCAGAUGGAGGACGUCACCUCUUUGGCGUCUCUGCGCAGCCUGGAGGAGGUCAAGAUGGAGGACAACCUUUAUAUUACCGUGAGUGACAAUUACAAGCUAAUGACGCUGCUGCCCAAAUUGCGGAGUUACAACGGUAAAGACAUCACCAGUACCGCCAACCACGUGCGCUUCGUGUUCACCGAGAACCUGAGAACCAGGAUCAAUGCCUUGUGGCUGAGGAGUUACAACCACCCAGACCCUCUUGCGCCUGAGAAAACGGCCGUUCUGGAGGAGGACUUUGUUAACGCGGCGCAGAAGCAGGUCAAAUAUGGACCCAGUUCAGUCAGCGACUUCACAAAAUGGAAGGUAGAAAUCAUGGCCAGGGAGCAUCUGCGAUCCCUCACGGAACCCGAGGAGGACGUGUCGAACAAGACCAAUGUUUCGAUCCCCGCAAAAAGGAAGCCGGCCCCGGUGCUGAUGGAUGACGAUUUGCGACUGACUCCUCGCAAGAGGGCGCAAUCGGAUCCCUCCUUGACUGAGAGACCGGGAGAGGCCGCCGGUGAGGGAACCGCCAAGAGUGGAGUGAAGGAGAAGACGAGGGAUGAGGCCACGAAGAGCAUUAACAAGAUGCAGCCGGUGUGCCUGCAGCCUCUUCAUGUCCUGCAAUGCCACAGCAAGGAGGACACCCCGCAAGAUUUCUCCACUCAGCUUUGGGACUGCGCCUUCCAACCUCAGCCUGACUUCUCUGGAAGUCGCUUGGUUGCCACGUGCGGUGGAGACUCUCUGUGCGUGAUUGAGUGUGAGACCGGUGCAGUGAUGAAGAAAUACAGAGUGGCUGGGGAGGAGUUCUUCUCGCUAGCCUGGUCCACGGUGCUGAUGUCCCGAGGGGGUGGAGCCUUGGCACAGCCCGUCAGCAUCCUGGCGGCAGGUGGAAAGCGAGGAUUGGUCAAGCUGAUCCACCCCCACUGCAACGUAGCCUACGGCGAGUUACGGGUGAGCCGCAAGGCCUUGUCCGUCCUCCGCUUCGACCCCCGGCAGGGCAACUUCCUCUUCACGGGCUGUUACGACAACAGGAUCGUGCUGUGGGACAUCGGGGGGCUCGACAGCGAGUACAAGUUUAAAGCGCUGCAGCUGGUGGCGUUGGAGAGUGUCUCCACGCCGCUGCACAUCUGCCUGCCGCCCAGUGGACCCGACUCACAAUUGCUGGCGGCGUGCGAGGACGGCCUGCAUCUCUACGACGCCAUGCCGGCUCCCGCCAAGAGGUCUGAUGGAAUGGAGAUCACCUUCCCUAUUUACGAGAAGGAAGACAUAGAGCACAACUACCGCACCGUGGAUGGCAUCGCUUUCCUUGCCGGCGACGUCGUAGCCUCCAAGAACUUCACGCACGACUGCAUCUAUUUAUGGAGCUGGAGCCAGACGCGAUCUCAGCGGCCCAACGAGAGCGGGCGCGUGCGUGCUGUGGUGCUAGCCAAGCUGCGCUGGGCCCAAACGGAGAUUCCUUACCUGGCGCUCAACACCUGUCCCGGUCGAUCGUACGUCGUGUGCGGCGACCACGAAGGCAAGCUGUGGACGUAUCACGUGGCUGAUGUCGAGAAGGAGCAUUUCCACGGCGAGGAGCCCGUGGAGCCCACUGAGGUGCUUCGGUGGCCCGCCCCUGUACGCGAGGGUCUCUGUUGGGGGGAGGGCCCCUCCAUCAACAGCGUGGCCAUGGACCCAGACCUCUGGUACCUGGUGGCCCUCAGCGACAAGAAUGUGGUGACGGUGUGGAAGAGGGCGGCCUGAGCAAUGGCACACAACCUUUGACGACUUUGUGCGAUUGACCGCUGCUGUUCUUUGGCUUGAGUUCCUAAAUGAAAGAGGUCGGUAAUGACACGUAAUGCUACACUACUGCAGUUUGCAAACAUGCAGACCGCUUCUGCGAGCAAGCACACAUUUUACUCAUUGUAUUUCCCCCCCUACUUCCUCCCUCAUAAUCUGACCACAAGAUCCUUUUUGACGUUGACUGUAAAUCUUGUCCGUGGCGCAACAUUAAAGACGAACCGAUGAUUGUGUGA